UGAUAUAAAAACCAACAUAAAAAUCCAAAGUAGAGUAUAGUAGUACAAGAAAGAAGGCGAAUUAAGCAACAAUAAUGAAGUAAACAUUGAAAAAGAACAAGAAUAAGAAUGGGAAAUUCACUAAAAAGGUUUCUGUGUGGUCUGUGUGGUUCUACGGAUCACACUAGUGGUGAUGAACAACUUGGUCAUCACGGUGUUUCAAUAUCCACAGUUGGUCUAUCUGUUCUUGUUCAACACCUCUAUUACUUUGAAACCAACUCUCAGGUUCCUGAAGGUCUUAGUAAGCAUGUGAUUUCUUCCAAGAAAGCUCAAGCCAAAUGGUAUAGGAAGCUAUCAAAGGCAUGGAGGGAAUCAAACCCGCAGCCAAGGACACCAGAAGAGGCUUCCAGGCUUAUAAUUUUCACCCUGAAGGGACACCAAUUACCUGAUGUUGAGGGAUUAUUGUCGUUUUACGGGCUUCCUCUUUUAUAUUCGCAAGUCGAACCUACUGACACUGAAGCUACACCGCUACCUGAUAGGCCAAACUUUGUGUUAAAUACACUUCCAGUGGAUCCAAGGGCAGUAGCAGAUGGGGAUGGUCUAACAGUCUAUGUUAGUACCUCAGAUGCCCGGGAAUCAUCACUUGUUCCCGAAGAGAUAAUAAUGGCGGCUGUUGAACGCAACGAAGCACGUGCUGAGAGGGACUUCGCUAGAGCAGAUGCAUUAUAUAAGCAAAUUACGGAUGAAGGCUAUGGGGUGCUACAUAUCAAUAAUGAGCACAUCCUAGCACGAAAGUAUCGGAUUAGACUAAGGGGAAUAGAUGCGCCUGAAAACAAACAGCCAUAUGGAAAAGAGGCGAAGGAUGAGCUGGUGAAGAUACUUGAUGGGAAUUGUUUGAAGAUUUUGGUCUUUGAUGAAGAUCAAUAUGGGCGUUUUGUCGGGGAUGUCUACUGUAAUAACAUCUUUGUACAGAAAUUAAUGUUGAAGAGAGGACUUGCGUGGCACUACACGGAUUAUGACAAGCGGCCAAAGUUAGCACAGUGGGAGAAAUAUGCCAGAGCCAAGGGAAUCGGGUUGUGGGCUUCACCAAAUCCUGAAAAGCCGUGGGAAUGGAGGAGGAAACAUCCGAAUCACAGAUAUUAAAGUCGGUAAAAGGGCUGUAAGAACGACAAUCUUGGUUGUUGGUACCCAAAGUGUGAAAAACUAAAAUUACUUUAAGGUGCAAACCUUGGUCCAAUUUCUAAUGUAUGCUUGUUGACCAAUAUUGGUGAAUCCAGAUUGAUUUUGCAACAUGAGUAUGCUGUAUUGUAACAAUUAUACGCAUAUGCCAUUUGGCAAAGCAGGCCUAAUGUUCACUGUCCGGUUUUUAAUUAAA